AGGUUAGAGAUCGAAGUAAAAAUCCGAAUAAAAAUGUGAAAUUCUUAACAUUUCGUAAUAAUUUCGCGCGAUUUCAGAGCAAAUUAACAUCAGUAGCAACUUGCACUGUCAUUCCUAUUGGAAAAGUGCCGAGAAAGUGGAAAACCGUGAAAAUUGCGCUCAGAUCCACGGAACGAACGAUCGAAGAAGAGGCGGAAGCAACGCUAGAAUUUACGCCUCGUGUGGCCUGUGUGUUUCUGCGGGGGUUUUUCCGAGUUGCUGCCCGCGAUUAGUGCCGUGAAUCGUGAAAAUCCGUCCACCGCAAGGGCGUGUGGUGAAGCGCAGUUUUUUGUCCGUGGUAAGGUAGGCAGCACGAAGGUAGGAGUGGAAGUGGUGGAAGCCUCCGCGGCGGGCGGCGCUGGCGCUGAGCAACAACGGGAUAGAGUGAAACGGCGGCAACAGCGUCACAUAGCAGGCGCCGCGAGUGUGACAGAGACCGCGCUAGAGAGCGUGCAACAGGAGAAGCGUUUGUGGGGUUGUAUUCACGAUCGUGGCGGCAUCUUGAGACGGAGUUUUGAAGAAUCCCGAAUCCCGGACUGAGGAUGAGCAACAGCAGCGGCUAUCGGAUGGAUGCUCUGGACCAGCUCUCGGAUGAUGAGCUGCGGUUGCAACUGGUGCAGUUCGGUUUCCCGAAUAUGCCCGUCACCGGCACGACGCGGAACAUCCUCAUCAAGAAGCUCCGCCACCAUCUGGAGGAAGAGAAACGGAAGGUGCGCCGCGAAUCAUCCCAGGCCGCACGGUACAGCUCCGGUGAAGAAUCGGACGGCAGCGACGGUCGUAAGCUGGGCGGCAGCUCGUCGGCCCGGAAAACGUUCGGAAGAAGCUCGCGGGUCACUUCGAUGGCGGCACCUCCGUCACCGGCCGCGGGUAACUCGAUGAAGCGAGGUCUUAAAAACAGCAUAUCAUCAUCCACAUCAUCAUCAGCAGCAGCAGUAGCAGCAGCUCAGCAUAGUCUUAGUAACCAUGGCAACUCGCCAUUUCUGGCAGCCAACGGUGGAGGAAACAGCAGUGGCGGCGCCAAGAAAGGAUCUCUCUCGCCCAGCUCAAUAUACAUCUCACCGGUCAUCGUACACGAGGGCGAUGAGGAUGACUUUGCAUCGUCCACUUUGCGUAACCCACCGCGAGCAUUCGGAAGCACAUCGUCACCAUCGUACCAAAGCUCGCUGUUCCGCAAAACGGCGCUGGCCGCACAGAACGUAACACCACCGACGAUGGCGGCCAACAACAGUGACUCGAACGGUUCCAAUGGGUCCGGUUCCGGUGGCGACUCUUCGCCCCCGUACGUGAGCGAUUACACGAAGCGUCUGAUGCAGCUACGGGGCGAAACGGUAUCGCAGGAGAACUACAACAGUGCGAUCGGAGGUAUCAUCGGUCGGCGGAGCAGCAACACUUUAGGUGCAGGAGGUGGAGGAGUCGUGGGAAUAGGAUCGUCGCGUUACACGAUCGGUCCACCAUCGGCAUCCAAUUCUUCCUCGCACCUGCUGCACCAUCCUUCCCGGGUACCGGUACAUCCGUUGCAUUACCGGAGCAGCACCGGCAACAACAGUAGCAACACCGGUAACAACACCACCGGCACUUUCAAACCGCUAGGAGGGAUGCCAUCGGCACUGGUGAGCGGGAACCACAUCCGUCAACGGUACAGCCGGCUAAUGCACGGUGGACAAGCGGCCGAGGUCGACGAGAACGAUAUCGUAACACACGCACAACCCUCCCCAGAACCACCGCCAACAGGCAUGAUGGCCAGUGGUGUUCCGCUACGGGUAGCCUUCGGUAAUUUGCUCACGCGGCUUGACGAGCACUAUGGUUUCAAGCAGACGUUCGUCCCGUGUGCUCUACUCUGUCUGCUCAUCGCUUUCCUCGUCUCGGUUGCGCUCAUGUACAUGACGAUCAGCACGGACCUCGCGAGCACGCUCAGCUCAAUCGAUACGCGGUAUGAUGUGUGCGAGAACGAGAGUGAGAUCGGUAUCGGUGAGAAUCACGCCCCACCGGAAAGCGGAACAACCUGUGUCGACGAGGCCGACGUGAAACCGGCACUCGAACUUCUGAAGCUGAUUGGAGGAGAGUUAAAGCAGCGCGUCGAGGCGUAUCACUGUCGCCGUGGUGAUGUGGAUGGCACGGGCGUGGUGAGCAAGUUGCCACUUGCUGCAUCCCUCAUGUCACCGGCGGACGUAUUGAAGAAGGCAAAAGAAGACUCACCGUCGGUGCUGAUACCACAGCUAACGCGCCAUCUGCACACACUGGAGUACCUGAUCGAUCGCAAUCCUCAGUGGCGCAUCGAUCACAGCGAUGCCGACGGACAACCGCUCACGUUCGCCGAAGUGCUCGAACGACGACCGACGAAGACGCACUACUUUACCAUCCUCCGGCCGAAGCUUCCUUUCGGUUGCAUGUUAUACAACAAGUUCCAGAAGUUCUUCACCAUUGUCGGCGGACUGGCACUGGCCGCGGUACUUGGCUUCUUGGCACGCUACUUCUACCGGUUCGUCGUGUACGUGAAGCAGAAGCGGCGCGAUCAGGUGAACACACUGAUCAGCGAAAUCAUUCACGCCGUUAGCCAGGCAGCUGCUAAUGCGGCCGAGGCAACCUCAAUGGCUAAUGGAGGGUCCGGGACGGUACCGAUACCGGAUGCGCGAGUCGUCGUAGCACAUCUGCGCGAUCGGUUGAUUCCGAUCGAAAAUCGCCGUAAGAUGGGCUGGGCCUGGAACGAAGCAUUACAGUUUCUCGAGCACAACGAGAGCCGCAUCUCGUUCGAGAUCGGUACGGUCGGUGGCGAAGAUUUCAAGAUGAUGCGCUGGAUUGAUACGGCACCGCUGCCCAGCAGCAUCGGUGGCAAUAAUUCCCUUGCUAACACACCAGGAGGACGUGCUGGAGGCACGGUGGGAGCUGGUGGUGGCAGCAGUGGCGGCGGUACCGUCGCACCCGGUCUCGGUAGCAGUAGCAAGAAAUGGCAAGGACAGGCAUUCGACAGCAGCAACAAGAUUCACGAUCCACCGACACCGUGCCUCAAGAUACGGCAAAUGUUCGAUCGGUACGAGGUGAACGAUCCCAACCUGAAGACGAUCGUACAGGAUGCCAUUCUCGAGAAGGUGGGCGAUCGGUGCCGGAUCUACGACAUUCAGCUUGAUCGUGGUAGCUGCUGCGUGUACGUCCGGUGUGCCACACCGAAGGAUGCCGGCAUCGUGCACGACGAGAUCAAUGGCUGGUGGUUCGACAAUCGGCUAGUGUCGAUCAAGUUUCUGCGCCUGGAACGCUACCAGCAGCGCUUUCCCCGUUCACUCGCCGGACCGGCCUGCUUGAAGCCUUCGAACAAAAGCAACUCCUCGAUGAGUCACCAGCUAGGUGGAAGUACGAACGGUGGCCGGAGCGGCUCCGUGUCACGCUCGGUACACGAAGACGACGAAAGCGAACCGGAGGAGGAAGAAGAGGAAGAGAUGGCCGAGGAACUGGUGGUGAUGCCUGCGGCCAGGAGUGGCACUCCGACUCGGGAAGAUUUUUUACGGCAGUUGAAGCAACGACAACAAAGCACAAACAACACACCGACUCAGAACGCACUGAGACGAAUCCCGGCACCCCGGUUAGACGAUCUAGAUGAGCAGGAUGAUUAAGAGGAAGUAGCAGCAGCGGCAGCAACAGCACCAGCCGUCGUGUGCCCCUUUUUGGAGCUUGAAAGUUAUCUCUUUCUUUUUGGUUUUUACUUUACAAAAAACUAAUCAUCACUAACACACCCCGAAGCAGCAACACUGCAGCCCAGCGCAGCGCACAAACACUAAACAUAUACAAUACAUACAGCCAUCCCCUUCAUGAACAGCACCAGCAGCAGCGGCAGCUUCAUCAGCAUCGCAUCAUCAACAAGGACAAUGAGUGCCACCCUGCCAACCACACCAACAACAUGCCAUCGCGUUUGCCAUCUUUAUACUCCCGUUUUCGCCGUGUGUUUCGUGCGCGCAGAGGGUGCCACUCUUAAUUAGAAUUGGUUGGGAGGUGGAGGUAGCGAAAGGAAAGAAGAGGACCCUUUUAUUUUAACUGUAAAUGUGGCUCGUUGUCCAAUCGUUUUUUGAAAAUAUAUAUCGAUUGUUACUUUUUUAACGAAAAAGAAAACCGCGGACCGUGUUGGUUGGUAUACCCCAUAUCCCUUUGUCUACUUGCCUGGCUGACCAGGGCGGGGGGUUCAAAGGCUCAAAAGCACUCGAACAAGAAACCGGGUACCAAUAGGAAAAGCGGAACGAGCAAAGUAGAAGCAGGAGUGCAUUUAGCUUCUACGGAGGAACACCAUGAAAACCGCGAGUUUUGAAUGCGCAGCCUCAAGCGAGGGACCGCGGCUCGUGGAAGUAAGGGUUCUAAUGAAAUUUUGUUGAUUAAUGAUAUACAAACAAUUGCAUAAAUAUAUGUAUACGCAUGCAUAUAUAGAAAGAGAGAGAUACUUAUAGAGAGGUAGUACUCGCGAUCAGAGAAGAGUCCUUCUAUAAGGACAUUAUUUUCUGUUUGUUCGUAGCGCAAUAACCCACUAGGUGUGUUGUUUUUUCUUCUAAGUAACGAUUUACGUUUUGGCGCGAUUUGAAGCGAACCCUAAUAAGGAGAACUGUACUAAUAAGACUAAAACGACUAGAACUUGUAAUGCGGACGGUCGGAAACAGACAUAUUUUGAGAAAUGCAAUCCAGCUCCAGACCACAGUGGAAGUUGGUAGGGUAUUAGAAAAACAAAAAAGGCGAAAAAAUGGGAAAUCGCUAAAAAAGGUGGAAGAGCAGGGAACCCGUAAGAACGUAACGGAUUGUCCUUAAUGAAUGUCUAAUAAAAGCGGAUCGCGUAAAUAUACUUUUUGAUUACAAAAGAAACGAA